AAAGACCUCAAAGAUGAAUUUUUGAAAUUGAAUUUCUUCCUCCUGACAACAACGCACUCUGUGCAGAAUAGUUGAAGUACUGAUAGAUGUCACGUCACCGAUCGUGUACUCGAGUUAUAUUGAAUAUCUAAACCAAAAUAUCCGCUUUUCUAAGGAAUUACAAAGGAAUUAGCCAUAUUUUAGUGUUUCUAUUAAUACUAAAUUGAUCUUUAGUGCUCUUUACAACAGAAUCAAACAUUAGAUUGAAUUACUAGUGCUGAAUUUUAAGCAGACAGUGAUUUCAUACUUUCGUUGCAAUUGUACAGUGCAUUUUCCUUAUCUUCUCUUUGGAAAAAAGUAACUCCUUUACGUAAUGGAAAAAUAUUUCCAAAAGUCUGACAAGAAAGAGACUAGAGAAGGAACAGAUGCCAUGCGCGGACUGAAUUUCAAUUCGUUAUAUAAUUCUUGGAGAUCGAGCACACCUAAUGACAGUGGUUCUGGGCCCUCAUGGAGAAGUACAGGAAGAAUAGCAGAAGAGAUCCCGAGCCAAAAGUCAUGGAGAAAUACAAAUCAGCAAGGACAUAAUGAGAGAUCAACCGAAAGAUUUACGCCGAAACUAAACCAGAAGGAAUUAAUUCUUAUUCUGAAAAUGCACCCUGUUGAUGCUUUCUUGGAAAUCAUGGACAAUAUUAGAAGUUUCACCAGAAUUACUCAGGAUCAAACCAAGUCUCACGAAACUGUUGUUUUGUUGAUCGCGAUACUUGGUAAAAUUCAUGAAGUGCCAAUGAUAGAGCAUUUGCAGAGCCUCGUCAAGCAGAUCUUUGGCUCUGAUGUUACAUUUCGAAAUGAUAUUCUGGCAUACGUGAGAUUCGCAGUGGAUUUAGAGGAAGAACAGCGUCCAAAUCUUAUGACCUUUGCUGAUCAAGUUUGGACAAAUUUAGAGACUUUUUGCGACUUUGGCAAAAGAAUUGACACAAGUGCAAAUGUCUGGGCUUAUUUUGCUCGAGCCAUUUGCCGAAUUCUCGAGGGAAAGAAAGAAAAGUCUCUUCAAAAGCAGUACGAGAUCUUUUCUAAAAUCAGAGAUGAAAUAGCGUAUAACUGGCGAUAUGAAGACACGACCUCAGCAACCUUGCAGAUGAUUAAACAAGAACCAUUGCUGCGUUGCACAAAAGACAUUAGAAAGGGAAAGUUUGCGAAUCUACAAACGUACAUAAAUUUUCAAAUGUAUUAUUUGAAAUUUUAUUUCCUUUCUCCUCUGUUUGAUGGAUUGAAAGAAUUUCAAGAACUAAAAGAUGAAGAAAAGAAUGAGCCAGUAGUGAUGCUUGAUGAGUCAAAUAUCUUUCCGUGUGUGAAACUUUAUAAAACUCAUUCACCAUUCUUGACACCAAAAGGAAAAUUCUUCAUUCUCGAUUUGGUGCCUAAACUACGAGUUAACGAUAAAUUGUCAGAUGAUGUAAUAGAAGAAAUUGAUGAGUCGGAAAUAAUAAUACAAGGAGGAACUUUCGUAUUUCUCUCAACAUCGUCGAAAUUCGAGGAUCUUAUCGUGAUGCGCGUGCCUUUCACAAACAGUGAAGCUAGAGACGAAGGAUUCCUGUUUGUGGAUAUCGUUCGAAUGGAGAAUAUCAAGGAAAACAUCUUUAACAAGGAUCUCUUUCUCGUAACAUUUCCUCAAGUAUUUGAAUCAAAAAUUCAUACAAUUAAUAUGUUAGCAAUGAUUUCAACGGCUACUUUCCCAAUGAAAGAAUACUUGAUUGAUUGCGAAGAAUCUGCCGUUCUUCCGGACUUUGAGAAUCUGCAGGAGUUCGAUUGCACUCUUGAGAAGAUCAAUCUUCGCGCCGAGAACUACAAAGACGAAGAGCUAAAGGCUCUGGGAAUGAACGAAAGGCAGUUUGAGGCCUUUCGAAUGGCAUUCACGAGGAAUCUGACCGUGAUUCAAGGACCUCCGGGAACUGGAAAGACUGCAGUCGCCCUGAACAUCGUGAAGCGUCUCUUGGCCAACACUUCCUGCAAGAUCCUUCUUGUCAGCCAUAAACAAUAUUGCAUUGAUCAAUUUGUCAUAAGAUGUUCCGCUCUGACAGAUAAAAUCAAGAGAAUCGGAUGGUAUUUUGAUAUUCCGGAAGUCGACAAGUUUGCAAUUCAUGAAAAAGUUGUGAAUCCUCGAUUUCAGCGCCUAUGCAAAAGGAAUUAUGCUCAAUAUAUGGCAGCAAGAGAUAAACUUGUGGAAACGAUAAGAAGAUUAGAUAACGGUGGAGAAGAUUUGAGUUCUCUACAAGAUGACAUAGAUAAUUUGCAAGACGAAAAUUCAAAAGCUGACCAAACGAAAUCACUCGAAAUCUUCUAUGGUUGUCGAGAUGAUAGGAUAAUUGGAAUGACUUCGAGUGGAGUGGCGAAAUAUCACGAAUUGCUGGAAAUUAUCCGUCCAACAGUUGUUAUUAUCGAGGAAGCUGCUGUGAUGCCGGAAUCCCAAUUUGUAACCACGCUGACUAAAUACACUCAGCAACUGAUCCUUAUGGGGGAUGAAAUUCAAGCGCCUUAUAUUCAAGAAGUACGUUUUGAUAUUCCAACCGCACACAAAAAUCUCUUUGAAAGACUAAUCGAGAAAAAUAUUAACAACGUCCGGCUCAACGUUCAGCAUCGAAUGCAUCCUGACAUUUCGGAUCUUCUGCGCGAAACUCUUUAUCCUGAUCUCGUCGAUGGCGAGAACGUGAAGCUUUACGAGGCAAUUCGAGGAAUUCCCAGGAAUCUUUUCUGCGUUUCCCACGAGAAUCUUGAUGCUGUGCCUCAGGAAACAUUCGAUUUUCUGCGUGAAAAGUGUUCAGUAGACAAUGAUUACACGUCGUCUAAUGACAUUUUCUACGAGAUUCUCUUCUGUAUCACAUUGGCUAAUUUCCUGUGUCAGCAAGGAUACAAAUCUCAUGAGAUUGCGAUCCUUGGAACAAAUGAAAGCGGUAUUCUUGCAAUGAAAUCGGCAAGAAAAAAUUUUCCAUCUUUGAAAGAUGCUCACUUUCAGACAAAACAUUUAUCUCAUGGAACAGAAUAUCGAAUUGUGAUUCUGUAUCUUGUGAAAGCAAAGACAGAAGACUGUUUGAGUUUAAAUAUACCAACUUACGUUCUAUCAAUGCUGCUUUCACGUGCGAAAGAAGCUCUUUACAUCGUUGGCGACAUUGAAGCUUACGCCAAAGUGAACGAAAAGUGGCGAAUCAUCAAGAACAGACUGGAAGCGAAGGAAGCGAUUGGGUCUGGAUUGCCGAUCAAAUGCGAGAAGCACGGAAGUGAGAUGAUCAUGCGCGGCCCAGAAGACUUUCUGGAGUUUGCUGAAGAAGGAUGUUCGUUUGGAAAGUGUUUUGGUGGCUCUAAAUCACAUCCUUGCCUAGAGAUUAUUUGAAAUCUACAAAUUACACACAGAAAUUAUCACAUUAAUCUAGAGCUAACUUACAGUCCUCUGAACAAUGACAUUUAUUUUAAAUAAAAUUUUGAUAAAAGGGCGAUG